CGCAACGGUUUUUACAUAAUGUCAAAAAGAGAGCUGGAAAGGUUUAAUUUUCCCAGUGACAAAAACGACUCAGCUCCAAACAAUCGUCACGAGCCAAAGGUCAGCCAAUCAGAUGGGCGGAAGUUUAACGUUGCGGUAAUCCGGUUCAGAGUCAGACGUGACAAGUGCGGCCGACUGAACUCAGUCUUACUGUCUGCCCUGUAGGUUCUAUAAAGUAUUUUCUUCGUCAUUGCCUUACCACCGAGCUGUACGUGUGAGCAUAAUGCAAUGGUGGACUGAUAUGUGGUAUGAGUAGAAGCCUUUGCACAGCGGGAGAAUUGUUCCUUUGUAAGCUAGUUUGGUCCGUCAGUCAGUAACGUUGAUGAUGGAUGAGCAGCGAGUAGCCUGAACGCUUCUUCUCCACAGGCCCUGGGACGAGCGUUUAAACUCAGCCCGGAGGACCAAGACACCCAGAUGAGAGCAAGCAAAACCUCCCGAAGCUUCUGGUAAUAACCGGGUACUUAGAUACAAUUAGCCUGCCCCAAACUGCCCCACCAAUUUCUGUUGAAAGUGAGACCCAACCAGCCUUCACGGUGGAAACGAGAAGAAGAGCAAAGAUGAAUGCUGUGCGGGGGGGCACAGUCACCUGGCGUCCCCAGCCGUGGCAGGAUGGGGACGGGGGAGGAGGAGAACCUCUGUCGGACAGUGAUUCAGAGGAGGAGGACUUCCCUGAUGACAGUACCACACCACUGGGAGACUACAUCACACAUGGAUUGAAGCAGCUCCUGGAUGCUCAGCAGCUGUGUGAUGUUACUCUACUUGUUGAGGGAAAGAAGUUCAUGUGUCACAGAGUCCUCUUAGCAGCCGUGAGCCCGUACUUUCGGGCCAUGUUCACCAGCCCGCUGGUAGAGUCUCGGCUCACUGAGAUCCGACUGGAGGAAGUGACGCCGUCUGUCAUGGAGACUGUUAUCCAGUUUGUGUACACCGGUGAGGCUGGGCUCUCUCUGGACACAGCUGAGGAUCUGUUUGUGGCUGCCAACAGGCUUCAGGUGAUGCCCCUUCAAGACCUGUGUUCCAGGUUUCUAUUUGAGCACCUCUCAGUGGAUAACUGCCUGGGGAUGUACUCUCUUGCUCGCUCUCACCAUGACCAGCUGCUGCUGCGUGCCUCCCUGCGGCUCGUAGCCCAGCACUUCCCCCGGGUGGCCCGGCAGAAAGACUUCCUCCUGCUUGACCACGGCACCUUAGGCAGCCUCCUGAGCUCUGACCGCCUGGGGGUGGACUCCGAAGCGGAGGUUUACGAUGCAGCACGCCGCUGGGCUGAGCACCAACCCUUAGAUCGCUACGCCCACAUGCCAGCUCUGCUUCACCACCUGCGGCCGGGGCUGCUGUCCCAGGAAGAGAGCCGAAGACUGUGCCAGGAGUUGGGGCCUGCUGCAGCUGGUGAGGGCCUUGGGGGGCCUCUGAGACCACGGGAGGGCAUGUUUGAGAAGAAGAUUGUCUGUGUGGACCUGACACCUCGGGAAGAAGAGAAUUUAGCUGCAAGAGACUAUACCGUCGACUGCUUUGAUCCUCGGACAGGGAAGUGGGAGAAGUUGGCAGCACUGGGUUCACUGGUCAGUCCCGGCUGUACGGCUGUAGGUGACCGGCUGUUUGUAGCGGGUGGGAUUCUGCGGACAGGCUCUGUGUCUGCAGCUGUGCAUGAAUAUGAUGCAGUGUUGGACCGCUGGGUAGAGCGGCCUUCCAUGAUUCAGCCGCGGGCUAUGCUAGGCCUUCUGGGCUGUGGUGAGUCAAUCUAUGCCUUGGGUGGUAGUAACCGCUCAGCUCUGCUGGACUCUAGUGAGACCCUGGAGCUGACUACCCUUCAGUGGGUUCCAGGGCCUCGGUUACCACUCCCUCUGCGCGCCUUUGCCAGUGCAGCAUUACGUGGACGGCUUUACCUUCUGGGUGGAACCACACUUGAACAGAACCGUGCUGUGGUCCACUCAGGGGUGCUUAUUUAUCAUACCCUAACAGACUGCUGGACACGUGUGGCUCUGGAUUCUGGCGCCACCUGUCUUGCCGGAGGAGUAGCAGUGCGAGGAGGAGUAUGUGCAAUUGGGGGAUACAUGAGGGAUACCACCAAGUUCCUGGAUGGAAAUUACACCAAUCUGGAGACUUUAGACGCCACUGGGCGUGUUCUGUUUUUCAGAGAGGGCAGGGGGUCUGGAGUAGAGAGGGAGGUGACUGGGGGAGGGGUGAUGGUCACUGCAGAGCAGCGAGGGGGUGCAGGUGGUGGAAGCGACCGUUCCCCAAGCCCUGUGGUAUUUCCCGGGCUGCCACGGCGGAUUGCUGCUGGGGGUGUGGCCAGGUGGAAACGCAGGAUUUAUGUGCUGGGUGGGGAAAACGGCUCACGGUUUUAUGACAGUGUGUACUGUUGGAAGCCCGGCUGGCGCAGUUGGGUCCAGAGACGUGAAAAACUCCCUGGGGACACUGGAGGGGUGAGCCAGUUUGGGUGUACCACUUUAAAGUUCCCUAAGAAACACAUCCUGUCCAGACUGAGACUAGCCAAAGAAAACUGCAAGAAGUCCGCUGACUAGCUUUGUAGGGACCAGUAUAGCUGAAGUGAAGACAGCCGUUCAUUUAACACAAGAUGAGCUCCAGGCUAAGUUGGAAUUAGCUCUUCUGUUGGUGUUGAGAUGAAGUCACAAGGAAGAGACCAGUUUCUACAGUCUUGAGUGCAGCCCAGAGUAGACUUAUAAUGGACUGGAUGCAGACAAAUCUUAUGAAAUGUAAUAUGGAUAAUAAAAUGUACAAAUGGAGCCAGAAACUGGUUAAAAGUCAGGCAACGUGCACCUGAAUGUAACUAGUCGACUAUUUGUGAGAACAGUAGUCCUUUGGGAGAAAAAGGCCUUUUUUAAUUGUUUUCUUAAAAUUAAAUGUUAUUUUCAGCUUUUUGCUGGUGUGAUUUUUUAAUGGCUGUUUGGAAACCGGUAGAAUGUUGUGAAUCUUUAAGCAGCAUCUAGUUUAGACACAAGGACACUGGCACAUUUCGGACCAUGCUAUGUUCCACUUUAUUUGCCUGAAUUUAGUUUUUCCUCUGAUGUGGGCCUGUAAAGCCUUUUGAAACUGCAAUAAGGGCUAUACAAAUCAACUUGACUUAUGUGACACAUACAUGUAUAUUCAUAAAACUACUUGCAUAUAGACAGUUUGUACUUGUACCAUUAGUCAUUUUUGUUUUUUAAUCAACAAAAUGGAGCCAAAAAUGUAUUUUGGCACAUUUAUUGCCACAAACAAAGCCAGACAUAAAGUAUAUGAUAAAAUGAACUUUUUUAUUAUCAAACUCAUAACCCAGUGAAGAGCUGACUCGGUGGGUUUUUGACGGCACGACAUUGGCUCAUUUGUUCAGUUUCAUCUUUCACAACAUCAGGCAAGUGAAAUACCUCCCCCAGACACUGCCCACUGUUGAGUACUGCAAAUCCCUGUUCACUGGUCUCACUACGCAGGUAGUCCGAUCCCUCCAGCUGAUCCCAAAUAUGGCUCACAGACCAGAUAGCGUCCUUCUACUUGGUAGAAACUGUGCUUAUUUUUGGUGUUCUUGAAUGCUCUUUUAAAGGUCCUGCCUCAAACAAGUGGAACAUAGCAGUGGAAGAAUUGUGCAGAUAAGGCUUGAUAUUACACAAAAAGAUGAUAGCCAGAAUACCGUCUUCCAUAUUAAUAGACAUGACAAUGUGUAUUAAGUACAGAAAAUCCACUGUCAGAAGAUGUGCUCGAAAGAAAACUUGAACUGUUCUUUUCAGCUAGCAUGGUGUGUGAUUACUGCAACGCAAAGUAAAUAAAUGCGGAUGUCGUGAAGAUGACAUACAGAAAUUGUGUCCAGACUACCGCACCUUUUCUAAACCUUCAAGCCAGGUGAACAGUUGUCUUCUUGAUUUAGCAGCCGUGUCAAAAUGAAAUUUUGGUUUCAAUUGCUCCAGCCACAAGACCCGAGAAUGUGUCUGUUGUGGAGGUAAUGGAUUAUCUGAACACAUUAGUACUGUACCUAAUUUAUUGAAAUGUAUUUCAAAGGUUUUUGUUGUUUCAAAAUAGUAACUUUGUUGCUCUGACUACAGCUCGGCGUUCUGCAGGAUGGCACUAAAGGCUAAGACAGACUCGUCAAACAGGAGCAGAUGUGUUGAGAUCUGAAAGGGAUUUUCAAAGUAACUUAAUUUUUAAAUUUUGAUUUUAUGAAAGGUCACAAAGUUUGCCCACAAAUGUAAGCAUAUUGUUUUGCUGUAGGCCACCAUGUUUUCCUUAAUCUUUUCACUUCUGUUUUCCUCUCUUAUUUACUCACAUUGAUGAAAUCCAGAUACUUCUGCGGCUGAUAUGUGCAUAUGAAAAACACUGCCAGCUGUGUCUGAAAAUGACAGAAUUCUACCAGUGUUGUCAUCAGAUUGCCAACUGCCAAACAAGGCCAUAAAACAAGGAUAUUUUAAGAUUGUUUUGGGCUUAAAGUCAGACACAGAGAAAAUCUGUGAAAGAUAUCUGUGACAUUAAAAUGAAUUAGUUUUAAAUGCUAAAAUAGCAGCAGGGAAAUCUUUAUUGGAGUUAACAAUCAAUCAGUGUUUUCAUUACCAGAUAUUAGUCUUCAGAUGUAACUUUAGAUGAGUUCACAUUGACACAGUUUAGAUUCUGUGAAUACGUUAUCAACUGAAACACAAAUUUGGGAUGGAUGCAGGAUGUGCGUCUGUAAUGGCAAGAUAGGAUUCCUUUUUCAAAUCUUACAACCAGGAUAUGACGCAGUGUGACGGUGUACAGCAUCCUAGACCUGCCAAGUGGAUUUAUGGCUGAAGCAGAAAUUCAAUAGUAACCUGAAAACUAAAAAUGCAAACCUGCUAAAAGCAUAAAUUUGGUGAGCAAAGGAGACUUCACAUAAUGUAAUUCUACAACUUGAUCAUUAAGGCCAAAUUCAUGUAGCUCCCCCAAGAAGGACUCACAUUAGACUGCUCAGGUUUGUCUCAUAGCUCUGCUUCCCACUGGGUUAUAAUGAGUCAACCUACCAACACAUUUGAAUCUUCCAAAGUUUCCAAAGUGUUACAAUGACUCCCUCAAGAACAGAAUAGUGAAAGUUCCCCAAUUUCCCAGCUAACAGCAGAUGUUUAACACCACCAGUUACUUUAUUUAAUAAGUAGUAAGUCCACUAGUCAAACACACAACAGAUAACCUUUUUUUUAGUUUCGGCCAUUUUGGUCGGUGAUGAGAUGUGAGCUUUAGUUUGCACUGCCUUUUUCAUUUCAAAUGUAUGAAUUUCCACCUGGAAAUGUCAAAUGAGUUGAUUUUCUUUUUCCUUUGUGUGCUUCGUAUGACACGUGGAAGACGAUUGUGUGCGUGUGCAUGUUUUCUAUUCUGAGGUUAAAAUCUGUUUAACACAAGCUCUGUGCACUCAUCCACAAACACAAAUACUGUGUGUCCAUUCACAGAAGUGAAUCUGGCCUCAUUUGUACACCUGACCAAGUUUGUGACCUGAAAGGCAAAUGGAUGUUUUGAUGAAAGCAGUGCUAUCAAAUGAUUAAAGGACUGUCUGCUUA